AUGAAUGAAAACUUUGACACUGUGGUCAUAGGCCGAAUCGAAGUGGAAAGGUCUAUGAUCUCCGGUAGCCCUCAAGGAAUGGAGGCAAAGGGCGGCCCAAUCUCUGUUGCGUCUCACGAGACCACAGAGACAGAUACCAUGUCAGAAGGCAUCACAUCAGCAGACUCAACCUCCGAAGACCUUGAAUUUGGAAGCACUGAUGUCAAAAAUGCAUUUCUCGUCAAGUUCCCUGAAUACUGCCUCGACGAUAUUGAGGAUGUCUAUCCUUGCACACCUCUUCAAGAGGGCAUUUUAACGAGUCAGACGCAAGGCACUGAGGAUUACAUUAUUCGUGCCACUAUGGAACUGCAUUCAGUAAAUGGCGCCACUUUUGAUCUGGAGCGCCUUCAAAAAUCUUGGGACAGCAUUGUCCGACAGUCUGCUGCUCUACGAACAGUCUUUGUUCAAUCAACAUCUGGAGAUGGGUUAUUCCAUCAGAUUGUUUUGAGAAAUGUACCUACAGGAAUUCAGCAAAUCCAAGCCGAGACUCUCAACGAUAUUGCAACGAGGGAACCAUCAUGGGAAAAUGGUCGUGUUGCCCCUCACUGCUUAAUAUUCUGCAAGCCAUUAAAUGGGCCCGAGGGUCUCAGGAUUGAACUACACCAUGGCGUCUCUGACGCGAUUUCCAGCAUGAAAAUUCUUCACGAGCUCAUGCGUCUCUACGAUGACCCAACUCGCCAACUUAUGGGGGUUCCUUUCCGUAGCUUUGUGCAACACCUCCAGAGCAACUCUGAGGAAGAAAAACUGAAAUACUGGCAAACGUUUCUGGAGGGCUCCCAGCCAUCCAUGUUUCCCAAACUUCGCGUCAACAGGACGAAUGAAGAACUACCACAGAGAUGUCGUCGACAAGUCAACCUUGACCGGGAUGGUAUUUUGGAUAUGGUGAAAAGCUCAAAAGUUAGCUUUUCUGUGCUUUUCCAUGCUGCCUGGUCAGUACUACUACGGGCCUAUCUGGGGAGAGACGACGUAGCUUUUGGCUAUAUUUCCUCAGGCCGUCAUAAUGUGCCGUUGCCAGAAAUCCAGGAGGCACUCGGCACCUACAUCAGCAUGAUGGUAGCCCGAGCUCGAAUGGACGAAACUACAACUCUGGUCGACCUUGCAAGCCAGCUCCGAAAGAACAUUGCCAAUUCUUUGCCUCACGAGCAAUGCUCGCUGGCAUCAAUUCAGCGCAAAAUGCAAAUCAACGGCGGAUUCUUCAACACGUUGGUUGACGUCCAAAGGCGACCAAAACUUCGGCGCACAUCUGAUGAGAUCAGCCUAAACCUCACCCAUGUGCACACUGUUGCUGAAUAUGACAUUGUUGUCAAUAUCGAGGAUACUGGCGACGACUUACUUUUCGUGCUUGACUACAAGUCCAAUCUUCUUGGAGAAGCCGAUGCCGAAAACCUCAUCAGCUGCUUCACAUCGAUCAUCGAUCAAAUACUGCAGAACCCCCAUCGCAGGAUAGCGGAAUUAGAUCUAUUCACAAAGGACCACCGUAAUCAACUCUUACAGUGGAACCAGGAUCAACUUCCAGUGACCGACGCAUGCGCCCAUGACCUCUUUGAAGCCGAGGCUGCUCGUCACCCCGAAAAAAUUGCAGUAUGCUCGCUCGACAACAACUUUACCUACGCGCAGUUAAGUAUGCUGAGCACACGCUUGGCCGCGCACAUGAGAUCCUUAGGCGCAAGCCCAGGUGUUAUGAUCCCGCUGUGCAUGGAGAAGUCUGUUUGGGCAAUUGUCUCCAUGUUGGGUGUUCUGAAGGCUGGCGCAGCCUUCGUUCCCCUAGAUCCUGCUUCACCCACUAGUCGCAUUGAAGGCAUCCUCGAGGAUACAAAUGCCAAGAUUGUCAUAGCCUCCACUUCUACUUCACAAAGAAUGAGCCAGCUACAGAGAAGCCAACAUGUCGUCGUCAUCGACGAGGCAUUUGUCGCGGCUCUUGAAGAGAACGAGGAUGUUGCUAGCACAGGUCUCAGAACCCACACAUCUGCGCAAUCUCAGGAUACAGCAUAUGUUCUCUUUACUUCAGGAUCUACGGGCAAGCCGAAAGGAGUUGUAGUUCCUCACCAGUCUCUCUGUUGCAGUAUGUAUGCCCACGGACCAGCCACAGGGAUCGACGAAAACACCAGAGCACUUCAAUUUGGUGCCUAUACGUUUGACUCCAUCAUUGCCGAAAUUUUCACAGUGCUUGUGCACGGUGGAUGCGUUUGCGUUCCUUCUGAUGAAGAGCGUAUGAACAACGUGACAAGCUUUAUUGAACGCGUUGGUGUCAACUGGGUUAUGUUAACGCCGACAUUCGUCCGAACACUUGCCCCCGAUUCAAUUCCUGGAGUUCACACUUUGGUGCUCAUUGGCGAGGCGGUUGACAAAGACUGCUUGGAUACGUGGCUCGGAAAAGUUAGACUAUUCAACGGUUACGGACCUACAGAGACGACUGUCAUCUGCGUCGCCUGCCAGUUUCCUCAGACUUAUGAGCCCGACCCAACCGUCAUCGGUAAACCAGUUGGAUGCAGAGCCUGGGUUGUAGACCCUGUUAAUCACGAUAUUCUCUCACCAAUUGGGGCUGUGGGAGAACUUGUUAUCGAAGGGCCCAAUAUUACGAAGGGGUAUUUGGGGGAUACUGAAAAGACAUUAAAGUCCUUCAUCUCCCAACCGUCAUGGGUGUCCCGCUUUGCAGGGGCUGCGAAAGAGACAUUUGCAUUCUAUAAGACGGGCGAUCUGGUACGACAGCUCAGUGAUGGCUCACUCAAGUUCUGCGGUCGUGGAGACAGUCAGGCUAAAGUGAACGGACAAAGACUGGAACUCGGGGAAGUCGAAACUCAUCUGCUGAGUGAUGAUUUCACCAUCCACGCGCUCGCCGAAGUACCCAAAUCUGGCCCUUUCCAGGGACGUUUGGUAACAGUAUUGUCUCUCAACGGCCUCACAGGACCAAAGGAGAAUAAAGAUGCCGUGGAGUUGCAAUUCGUCAACAGAGAGUGCUGGAAUGCAGCAGCCGAUAUGUGCAUUCGUCUGAUGGACAAGCUGCACUCAGCGUUGCCAUCAUACAUGGUACCAACGGUUUGGAUGCCUGUUCAGAAGAUGCCUCUCCUGCCUUCUGGUAAAUUAGAUAGGCGGCAGAUACGGACUUGGUUGACUACUGUCGAUGAAGACGUGCUGAAGGACACAGUCGAGUUUCAGACCAGUGGUAUCGAGAGAAACACAGACGAUGAGGCGUUCUUUCAGGAAAACGAAACAGGCCGGCGACUUCGGAAGAUUUGGAGCGAAACCCUCAAUAUUCCGGAAACUAGUAUCGGUGCUUCGAAUGCUUUUCUCUCUGUUGGUGGAGACUCUAUUUCAGCAAUGAAAGUCGUUGCGAAGGCUAGAGCUCAAGACAUUUUUGUCACCGUUCAGGAGAUUCUCCAGCACCGCACCAUCUCCGCUAUAGUUGAUCAUCUUCAGACAAAGCAGUUGUCCGUUGAAUCACCAGCUGCUCAAAAACGAAUUGAACAGUCGCAUCAAGAUAUCACUUCUAUUUCGGCUUAUCAACGACAUCAUGCCGACUUUGACUACUGGAACAUGACUGGUCGACCAAAUUUACAGAGUGAUUCCCUUUCAACAGCUUUUGAGCUGGAUGAGGAGACAACAUCAACUCUUCUUGGAACGUCUAACGAGGUUCUUCGUACCGAGCCUGCAGAACUUCUGAUGGGAAUUUUACUGCAUGCUUUUAAAGCCACCUUCACGGACCGAGAUUUACCAACUAUAUUUGCUGAAGAGGAUAGAACAGCGAGACAGAGCGACGAUCGCUCUUCUGAAGUAAUCCAGGUAAGUGUUAGCUCUGAUGAUUGUACUGACAUUUCGCAGACGAUCAGAAAAAUUAAAGAUGCUCGACGAAUACUCCUCAAGAGUCUCGAUUAUGGCACAGGCCUUGCUUAUCACGAUGACGAUAACGAAGAGAUGGAGAUACUCUUUAAAUACCGUGGAAUGCUUAGCGAGAACAAGUCAGAGGAGAACAACAGGUCUACUACUUCCAGGCAAUCGCUUGUUCACAUUUCUGUUAUCGUUGAGAGCGACAAGCUUGUAUGUACCAUUCAAUGGUCGCCUGACAUGGCUCAUCAAGAGAAAAUCCGUACCUGGAUCGAAGAAUUCGAGUCUAUGACGCGAGUGUGCGCUCAAGUCGGUACGCUAAAGCCGCUGGCAUGCCUCAGCGAUUAUCCACUUCUGCCAUACGACUAUGAGAUUUUGGACAACGUAAUACAGAAAGUUGCGCCUCAAUGGAAGCUCCUGGGCGUGGACGAGAUCGAAGACAUUUACCCUUGCUCACCCUGCCAAGAGGGCAUGAUCAUUAGUCAGAUUCGACAUCCCGACAGAAACCUUUACAAUCACGAGACUACGUGGAAAGUUACCCCGUCUGAUGGAAGGGUUGUGGACCCUAGCAGACUGGAGGCAGCCUGUCGUAUUGUCAUCCAGCGACACCAAAUAUUGCGAACAGUCUUUUGCGAGGCCGGGGGACAACAUGUACCCUUUGUCCAGGUUGUCUUCAAAGAUGCUGCCUCGCUCAAGAUUCAAGUCUCUAGGUCGGAUCUCUCGGCUUACGACACCGCAAUCCCAGCACCCAAAGUCGUUGAUCCCGCCAGGUUUCCCUAUCAUUUGGCUGUUUGCGAGUCUCCUGAUGGCGUUUCUUGCAAGUUCGUCAUCAAUCAUGCCUUGCUUGAUGGCUCUUGUCUGAGAGUCUUGAUACGCGAGUUGUCACUUGUAUACGACCAGAUAUCCCUACCAACGCCACCUCUAUUCAGCAGCUUCAUUAACUAUUUAUUAACAAACCCCACCGACGAGUCAUAUGCUUAUUGGAACUAUCGAUUGGAUGGAAUAAGUUCAUCCCACUUCCCAAGCCUGAAUGACUUUGAUGAAUCCGGCUCUACACCUGGUAGGCUUGACAUUGCAAUCCCUGACGACCAGGUUGCUGCGCUGCGGAGCUUCUGUAGAGAGCAUGGUGUUACUAUUGCCGCCGUUAUGAACACCGUCUGGGCCCUGGUACUUCAGACCUACAUUGGAAACGAUACAGAGACAGUCUGCUUCGGUUACAUGGCGUCUGGUCGAGAUGUUCCGGUACCUUAUGUCCAUGAAUUGAUGGGACCUCUUCUGAACAUGCUUGUCCAAAGAGUCGACCUUCAGCCGUCUACGACAAUCGCAUCUCUUGUCCGCAGUGUUUACGAUGGCAUUGUGGGUAACCUACCGCACCAAAAUUGCUCGUUGGCAAAGAUUCAGAGUGGCCUGGGCCUUGGAGGACAAAGUCUCUUCAACACACUGGUAAAUGUACAAAAGGUCUCUUCAGUAUACGAGACCGACACGUUGCCUGCUAUUAAUUGGGAACUUGUUGGAGAGGGAGGCCCAGCUGAGUAUGAUGUUAUUUUCGGCGUUGUGGACUCUGAUGAGGGCAUCAUGGCCGAUCUUCUUUUCUGGACAUCAUGCAUCUCUGAAGCGCAAGCCGUAGAUCUCCGAGCGACUUUGUUGCAGACUCUAAGCUCUCUUUUAGAGAGCUCGGGCAAAUCAACGGUCAGUGAGAUUCAAGUAUUUUCAGAAAGCCACGGCCGUCAGCUCCAUUCUUGGAACGCACAUAACCCGCACAUCGUGGAGUCGUGUCUACAUCAACUAUUCGAAGAGCAAGUUGCCAUUCACCCAGAUGCUGCAGCAAUUAGUACUACAAGCGCAGAAGCAAACUGGACCUAUGCGCAGCUAAACGAUGUUUCGACAAGACUCGCUGCCCAUCUUCAAACUUGUGGAGUGGGAACGGGAAUGGCUUUGCCGUUUUGCUUCGACAGGUCACCAUGGACUGUUGCUAGCAUGCUUGCCAUUCUCAAAUCUGGAGGAGCUUGUGUAGCUCUUGAUCCGUCCUAUCCGAUCCAACGACUGAAAGACAUCAUCAGAAUAACGGGAGCAAGAAUAGUCGUCUGUGAGGACAAAUAUACUGAGCUAUUUGAAGGUUUGCCAGACCUAAUGAUAGUUUCGGUCAGCCCAGACCUUUGGGAUCGCAUCCCACAGGUUGACGGGUGCACCUCAUCAGUUACACCGAGUGAUCCCGCCUUCGUCAACUUCACUUCUGGAAGUACCGGAGUGCCAAAAGGAAAUAUUCUCGAGCAUAAAUCUAUUGCCUCUGCUCUUUGGCACCAUCGUGUCAUAGACCCGCUGGGUAGACAAGCACGGGGUCUGCAUUUUGCGUCCUAUACUUUCGACAUGAGUUUCGCUGAGAUUCUGUUGGUCCUCUGUUCUGGGGGUUGCCUCUGCAUACCUACCGAAUAUGAACGCCUUAACAGCUUGGCAGCUACGAUAAACAAGCUCGAAGUCAAUUGGGCUUAUCUUACCCCCACCGUUGCGAGUCUUCUUGACCCAUCGGAAGUUCCAAGUUUGAAGACUAUUUGCCUUGGCGGAGAGCCGGUACUUGAUACUCUGGUGACGAAGUGGAUAAACAAUGCCACAUUGGUCGCGACAUAUGGUCCUUCUGAAUGUUCAAUCGCCAUCUCUCGAUCCAUAGUGCGUGGCUUCGGGAAUGGACAGCUCGGUCCCGCCUCGGGUGGUCUUCUCUGGGUCGUCAAUCCAGUGGACCAUAAUAAGUUGGUGCCUCUUGGAGCUCCUGGCGAACUGCUCAUUGAAGGACCGCUGGUGGGUAGAGACUACUUGGACGCGACCUUGGCGAAGACUACUUUUAUUGUAGAUCCAGCUUGGACGAAAGAUUUCCCAGUGUCUGGCAUCGCACAAGCUGGACGACGCAUGUACAAGACGGGAGACAUUGUCCGCUUCAACAAGGAUGGAUCAAUGACAAUGUUGGGCAGGAAAGCUGAAGAUGCCCAGGCCAAAAUUCACGGCCAGAGAGUUGAUCUGGGAGAAGUCAGCCAUCACAUCACCGCGAGCGAUAUGAUCAAGCAUGCGGUAUGCUUCGUUGCGAAGAAAGGUCUAUUUGCUAACAGAUUGACGGCAAUCAUCUCUUCUAUGGAUCUGGCAGACGCCAUAUUGGGAUUCGCUGAUCAGCCUUUGAACCUUCAGGAUGGCCUAGAGGCGCGUGAGAAAAUCUCAGAUCUUCGCCGUUGGCUGGAGGAUCGCGUCCCGAGCUACAUGAUGCCGCGGUCGUGGAUUUUGCUGGAAAAGAUUCCCGUCACGCUGAAUGGCAAAUUGAACCGCCGUGUUCUUCUGCAAUGGCUUGAAUCUGUGGAUAACGACACAUACGAGAGCAUACUGACGCUCAACAAUGAUGACGAAACAAAUGCAUUGGCCUCGUCAGGCUCCCUGAGCCCAAUGGAAGAGAGUCUGGCCAAAGCAUGGAGCCAUGUUCUCAAUGUUCCAGAGGGACAAAUUAGUGUCAACCAAAGUUUCUUCAGCCUUGGAGGAGAUUCCAUUUCCGCGAUUAAGGUAUCUUCCAGAUUGCUCAACGAAGAUAUCCAAGUAUCCAUGCAUGAUAUUCUACAUUAUCGUACCCUAGCCGAAAUCGCCAAAAGAGCAACACGGGCCAGCUCGGCUCCCAGCGGCGUUCAAGCACAAGUUGGUGCAACCGAUGCACUAUUCUCACUGCUAUCGCGACGUUUAUCCAAUUCACAGUUUGAGAAGUUAAUGGCCAAGGUUGCAUCCAAUCUCGAAGAUGUUGGCACAAAUAUGGACAGUGUCGAGGAUAUUUAUCCCUGCUCACCCAUGCAAGAAGGUAUCUUGUUUAGCCGUGCUAGGCAGGACGGCCUUUACGAUCUGAUCAACGAUUUCAAAAUCGUCUCCUGCACAAGCACUGAGCCUGUCAGCCUGGAGCGAUUUCGCCGUGCUAUCGACCUUGUCACAGCGCAGCAUCAGUCGCUUCGUUCUUUCUUCGUUGAAGGCGACGAUGCAACCCCGUAUGUGCAAGUGGUUAAGAGAACGGAGCCUUUUAAAGAUGUGGUCGUGGAUUCCAUUCCACUAAAUGGGCUUGGCUACCGGUUCGUCCUCUGUCAAGUCUUACCCACGGGAGACGUUUACGGUAGACUUGAGAUCAACCAUGCCUUGAUCGAUGGACAAUCCAUGAAAGUCCUCAUCACAGACCUUCUGUUAGCAUAUGAUGAGCAGCUACCUCUCUCUCAUAGCCCACCACUUUACGGAGAUUUCAUCAAGUACCUUGAACAACUCUCGACGGAGAAGUCACUGGAAUACUGGACUUCUGUUAUACGAGGCCUUGAGCCUUGCAUCUUACCCUCACUUAACAAUUUGCAAGAUCAAAAUAUGUGCAAUGAAAUUGAUGAAAUCUUGGAUCCACACCUUACAGAAUUGAUCUUCCAAUUUUGUAGGAACUAUGACACCACGAUUGCCACUGUGAUCAGUGCUGUUUGGGCACUCGUGUUGCGGGCAUACGUGGGCAUGGACACAGUUUGCUUUGGCUUACUGACAUCUGGACGAGCAAUUCCGGUACCACAAGCAGAAUCCAUCAUCGGGCCCUUGAUUACUAUGAUGGUCUCGCGAGUCGAUAUGAAUGCAGAGAUGCCAAUUCUGGAAAUGAUACGCAGCAUACACGAUGGUUUCCUAAACGGAUUAGAGCACCAGCAUACUUCUCUCGCCGCAGUACAACGAGCUUUUGAUGAGGGCAGGCAACGCGGUAAAAUGUUCAAUACUGUGGUGAACGUGCUUAAAGGUGACGUCGCAGCUGCUGAAGAAUCGCCAUCUAGCAUCAAGCUUGAAGUUAUGGACGCCAGCGGUCCAACUGAAUACGAUGCUUCCUUAGACGUUGUACAUACGGAUACAAACAUCUCUUUGAGUUUCAGCUAUUGGACAAGCUGUCUAUCGAACGAACAAGCCAAGCUCAUGCAGCAAACCUUGUUACAUGUUCUUGAAAGUCUUGUCCAGGGAGCCUCUGGCAGAGUGGGCGACCUCGAUAUACUGAGCGAAGCUCAUAGGUCUCAUAUUAUGCAGUGGGCUAGUGAGAUGCCUCCGACAAACUACUCUUGUGUCCAUGAGCACGUGGAGAAAAGGGCUAAGAUGCAACCUGAUGUAGACGCCAUCGUCACAUCGGGUCUGAGCAUCACAUACGGCGAAUUGGAGAGACUCUCUUCUCUUCUUGCAGCCCACCUUGCUUUCUUAGGUGUCAGACCUGAGGUGAUGGUGCCUUUCUUCUUCGACAAAUCACCCUGGACUAUAGUGGUGAUGUACGCCAUCUUGAAAGCAGGCGGCUCUUGCGUGGCCCUCAGUCCAGAGUUUCCUGAUUCAAGACUUACUAAUAUGAUUGAGGCUACCGAGGCAACGCUUGCUCUUUGCGACUCAAAAUACGUGGAUAGGCUCCAAACAUUAAUACCAACUGCGGUACCCAUUGACACAUCGGUUUCUACAGCCAGUGCUAUGAUGAGUCGCUUCGAAGCUCUUUCUAGCAAGACUCCGUCGCAGGCACAGCCAUACCACCCAGCUAUUAUAGCAUUCACUUCAGGUUCCACCGGAACACCCAAAGGUAUCAUCUUGACUCAUGCUUCAAUGAGUACCAGCAUGUUUGCCCACGGACCUCUAGUUCAAAUGUCUGAAUCUAGCCGUGUUCUCCAAUUCUCUUCGUACACCUUUGAUGCCAGCUUGGAAGAGAUAUUUACCACCCUUGCCUUUGGUGGUACAAUUUGCGUUCCAACCGAGUACGAGAGAAUGAACGAGUUGCCAGCGUUCAUCAAGGCUCAUGGUGUCAAUUUCGCUGCUUUGACGCCUACUGUGGCGUCGUUACUUAAUCCAGAAGAGCUCCCGCUGAAGACAGUUGAUAUAGCUGGUGAGGUGGUUCCCCAAACGUUGGCCAGCAAAUGGGCGACCCAUACAAACUUGGUUGUUACGUAUGGACCUGCAGAGUGUUCCAUCAUCAGCUCCGGAAUGCUAGUUGACCCGAAUCAUGUCCAAAAUGGUACUCUUGGAAAGCCUGCUGGUACCCUGAUGUGGAUAGUUGAUGCCAAUGACCACAACAAGCUCGUUCCUAUUGGCUGCGCUGGCGAGAUUCUUAUAGAAGGACCUCUGCUGGCGCGUGGAUAUAUCAACAAGGACCAGACAGAGAAAUCUUUCAUAUUUGAUCCUUCUUGGACGCAAAUGUGCCCUGUCUCUGGUGCUGGUGAUCAGCGUCGAUUAUACAAAACAGGUGACUUGGCCCGAUAUGAGCCCGACGGAUCCAUCAUCUACCUUGGACGAAUGGAUUCCCAAGUCAAAAUCCACGGACAACGAGUUGACUUGGGUGAGGUUGAGACAGCCCUAUCGAGUCAUGGAGUGAGCCAGUCAACUGCAAUGGUUCCCAAAAAUGGACAUUUUACCAAGAAGUUGGUCGUGGUAUUCUCAAAGAGCAAUGCCUCCUCGGCCUCUGGGCGCAUUCUCGAGGUCAUGACGGAUGACGAUGUUGCAACUCACGUGGCAGAACUGCGAAAAGGUCUACAAAUUGCCCUACCCGGAUACAUGUUACCUCGCGUAUGGGUUCCAGUUGAAGCUCUCCCCCUAAAUCCAAAUGGAAAGCUGGACCGUCGCGCGGUUGGGCAGUGGCUAGAGAGAUUGGACGAAGAAGCCUGCGAGCGCAUUCUUGCGCUUGGUAACUCUCUCAAACCGGCCUCUGAGCUUACAGACAUCGAGAAACUCCUAGUCUCUGUCUGGUCAGAAGCACUAGGCCUUCCCAAAAGCAUGAUUGAUGUUGACCAGCCCUUCUUCAGCCUCGGAGGAGACAGUGUCUCUGCCAUACGAGUGGCAUCGCAACUGAGAUCUCAGGGUAUACAUCUGGCUGUUCAUGAUAUUUUCCGUCAUCGUACCGUGUCAGCACUGGCGGAACUUAUUAGCAGUGGAAAUCCCAAUUUAGCUGGAGCCAUUGGCAAAAUCCAGCCCUUCCCUUUAACGCCGUCACAGCUCAUGCAGCUCAGAAGCCAUGCCGGAACGACCAACACUGUUGCUCAGAAAGUAAUCGCGAAACUCAAAAGCAGAGUAGAUUUCGAUGAAAUGAACGCUGCUUUCAAGACACUUAAUGAGCGGCAUCCCAUGCUAACUGCUCACUUUGAGCGCGAUUCGAGCGGUGCUUGGUCGCAAAGAUUGGUGGACACGCCAGGAAAUCCCUUGGAGCUUGGCCAUCUGCAUGCGACAUCGCUUGAAGAGGCACAGUCGCUAUUGUUGUCCACGCAACCUGAUUUGGAUAUUGCGAAAGGCCCCCUUGUGGCGGCAAGUCUGGUCGACAUUGAAUCAGUGAACACCGAGAGCAGUCAAUUACUGAUCCUGGCCAUGCACCCUCUUAUCGCGGAUGAUGCAUCAUUACGGGUCAUAUUAGAAGAUCUGGAAACUCUGCUAUUGCAUGCACCUGCUGGCUGUAGCUCAACGUCAUUCCAAGAUUGGGCUCUUGCACAGUUCAAUAAAUCUCAGCGAAAGCUUUCUAACAAUAGCUUUGCUACAAUAUUAGGCACAGCUCAGACUAAUUUUAUGGAUUACUGGGGCAUGCAACAUCAUCCCAAUACUCACAGUGGUAUCAAAACCUCAGACAUCUCAAUUGAUCCCGACACAGCAUCACUUCUUCUCGGAAAAGCCAAUCUGACACUGAGAACAGAAGCUGUUGAAAUACUACUGGCUGCACUCUGUCACUCCUUCACAAACACCUUCACUGACCGCCCUCCACCGAAGGUGUUCUGUGCUAGUAAUGAUAGAGAUGGAGAAGCCGAUGACAGUAACAUUUCUAGCGCUGUUGGGUGUUUUACGACCAUAUCGGCUGUAUGCGCAGAAGAGAAUUACACGACAGCGCCUGUCAGCAGCGAUCUUGAAACACGGAUAGUUCAAACUCUGAGAUGCGUCAAAGACCAGCGUCGCUUCGCCCAUCACAACGUUACGGGACUUGAAGAUGUGGAGGUAUUCUUGGCCUAUACUAAAAAAUCGUGUCUUGAAACCGCGUUGUUCCAGGAGAUGCCUUGUGUCGAAGGCAACGAUAUUUCUGAGCACCAGACAAGAAAAUCUUUGUUCGAGGUAUCUGCGGAAGUCAUUGAUGGACAAAUAGAUAUCAGAUUCCAUUAUCAUGAGAACAUGGCACGCCAAAGCGACAUCCUUGCCUGGAUCCGAGCAUUCGAAGAUCUACUUCGAUCCUCUGCUUCGGUCUUGGCUCAAGCUUAUCCUGUGCCUACACUAUCCGAUUUCCCUCUUUUGGACGUCGAGGACUAUGCGUCUCUUGACAAUUUGGUAGAGCGCUGCAAGUCUCAGGCGCAGAUCUCUGAUAUGUCAUUGAUUGAAUCUAUUCAUUCCUGCUCACCAAUGCAAGAAGGAAUUUUACUGAGUACUUUACGAUCAGCUAGUAUUUACGAUGGGCAAGAGUUCUGGAAGGUGCUCCCGAAAUCUCCCAGCGCAGACUUGGACAUACUCAGGCUUAAAGCAGCCUGCGAAAGCGUCAUUACCCGCCACGAUAUACUCAGGACCCAUUUCGUUGAGGCUCACCACGGACGUUCAGCUUUCCUUCAAGUUGUUCUUCGAGCAGUGAAUCAUCCAGUUCAAUUGGCGACUUUUGACGAUUUUGAUGACUUGACGCAUCAGCCACUGCCACAACUACACGAAGCAGGCAUCCUUCCAUACAUCUUUACACUAUGCGAGUUGGCAACUGGUGACGUUUAUUUGCGUCUCGACAUUAGCCACGCGCUUUCUGAUGGCGUUUCAACCGGAAUUCUGAUGCGGGACCUUCUGCUGGCCUACGAUGAUAAACUCUUGCCAGCAGGACCAUCCUACAGAAACUACAUAUCUCAUCUUGAGUCUCAGUCCGGAGAACUGACGCUUCAGUUUUGGCAAGACAAUCUCAAAGACGCAACACCAUGCCAUUUCCCUCUGCUUAACGAAUCCGGGGUUGGCAGUUCACCUAUUCACCGGAGCACCGAUGUGCCGCUUUCUAUUCAGCAAAAGGACCAAGUGCGAGAAUUCUGCAAGUUGCAUAGCACGACGUUGGCAAACUUUAUGUCCGCAAUCUGGGCAAUGGUUCUGCCAUGUUUCUCUGAUGCGUCUUCUGAUACGGCUACUUUUGGUUACCUGGCAUCGGGUCGCGAUAUUGCACUUCCCGGAGUCGAUGAUAUCCUGGGUCCGAUGAUAACCAUGCUGAUUCGCAACGUCAAUGUUAGCCCCGAAACCACAGUCUUAGGCCUCAUUGAGGAAAUGCAGCAAGACUUCAUUAAAAGCUGGCCGUAUCAACACUGCUCCCUCGGCGAGAUUCAUCACGCUUUGGGACUUAGUGGUACGCCGCUCUUUAAUACCAUUGUCAACCUGGGCCAUGCUGGUGGCUUCAAAAAGCCCCAGGACAUGCCAGGUGAUAUUCUCUUUGUGCCUGAAAAUGUUCAGAGCCGCAGCGAGUACGAUAUUGCUUUCAACAUUCUGGACUCUGACGAAGGAUUCUGGCUCACACUUAGUUACUGGGAUCGCUGCCUUUCUGAGGCACAGGCCAUCGUCCUUUCGCAUACUAUCCAGGCAGCGAUUGCAUCUGUUCUCGAAAAGCCAGAACAGUGUAUUUCUGCUGUGGAUUUGGUGGAUGAUUUCCACACUCAAAUGAUGCAGUCUUGGAAUGCGGAUAUCCCUGAGCCAGUAUUUGACUGUAUCCACCAUGCCUUCGAGAGGCAGGUAAAACUGCAACCAGAAGCUCCUGCCGUCUGCUCCAGUGAUCCGAAGAUAUCGAUCUCGUAUAAGCAACUGGAUUCUAUGACCGAUAAUCUGGCAUCCUGUCUGCGAGAGAUUGGGGUGGGACCAGAGUCUCUUGUCCCUUUCUGCAUGGAUAAGUCCCCAUGGACGCCGGUAGCCAUGAUCGCGAUUCUCAAAGCCGGCGGCGCUUGCGUUGCCCUUGAUCCGAACCAGCCAAUUGAAAGACUUCGGAGCAUUAUCGAAGCUUCAGGAGCCAAAGUGGUACUGGUAGCACCGCAGCACAAGGACCUGCUUGCCAACAUUGUCCCCCAUAUCGUCCUCGUUGGGGAGGAAUCUCUACGCAACCUUGAAGUUUCCGCUAAGGCUCUUCAGCCUACUGCAGCAGUUUCCCCAGCAAAUCACAACAACCCAGCUUUUGUUAUCUUCACUUCUGGGAGCACAGGAACUCCUAAAGGAAUCGUAGUUGAACAUGGUGCUUUUUGUUCAAGUGCCCGAUCUCAUGCCCCAAUUUUGGGCCUACACAGCGGUACUAGGGUCCUGCAAUUCGCAUCUUACACAUAUGAUCUGAGCAUCGCUGAGACUUUCACAACACUGAUGGUGGGCGGGUGCAUCUGCGUGCCUUCUGAGUAUGACAGAUUGAAUCGGUUGGCCGCUGCCAUUAACUCAAUGGAGGUGGAAUGGAUGUUCCUUACACCGACUGUAGCAGCUUUGCUGACGCCCGAACAAGUCCCUACAGUGAGGACUCUUGUUCUUGGAGGAGAGCAUGCGACCCAUAACAACUUCUCAACCUGGGGUGGUAGGCCGGGCAUAUGUCUCAUCAACAGUUACGGCCCAGCAGAGUGUUCUAUCUGGACAAAUGCCAAUGUUGGUGUCAAACCGACGUCAGAUAUUUCCAACCUGGGGCGCCGACUCGGCUGCUCAUUAUGGGUAGUUGAUCCCCGCAAUCACCGUCGUCUUUUCCCAAUGUACGCCCGAGGUGAACUGGUCAUUGGUGGGCCAACUCUGGCAAGAGGCUACCUUCACGACCCAGUCAAGACAGAUGCAGCUUUUAUUCAACCGCCAGCCUGGUUCGCCGAUGACAGUGGUACAGAGCAACGACUUUACAAAUCGGGUGAUCUUGUGUAUUAUAACUUGGAUGGAUCCCUCUCUAUUCAAGGCCGCAAGGAUACCCAGGUCAAAGUUCACGGACACCGAAUUGAACUUGACGAUAUUAAUCAUAAUAUGGCUCGUAUCCCGCUAAUUGAACAUGCAAUGGCUCAACUUCCACGUUCAGGGCCACUGGAAGGUCGUCUGGUUGCAGUAGCAUCAUUGAAAGAAGACAGACCCCUGGCUAGUUCUCCUCAGCAAAUUCUCAAGAUUAUCAGCGACUCUCGCCACAUGCCGCAGGUAUCUACCAAGCUUGGACAGAUCAGAUCCGAGUUAGAAAAACAGCUGCCUAAGCAUAUGUUACCGACUGUGUGGGUUAUUGUUCAGAAGAUGCCUUUGCUCUCCUCUGGCAAGCUGGACAAGCGCACCGUUAAAGCUUGGUUGGAUUCGAUGGACGAAGAGAGUUUCAGCCAAAUAAAAGCAAUGUCAACUUCGGAUGCGGUGUCGCAAUUAUCGCCACCUGAAAAUGACGUCGAAUUUCUUUUGCAAAAGGUCUGGUCCGAGGUAUUGAAGUGUAAACCUUCGACUAUUGGCGUGACAGUCAGUUUCCUUGGCUUGGGAGGCGAUUCUAUUUCUGCAAUGCAGGCGGUUUCCAAGGCACGCGCCGCUGGCUUGAACAUUUUUGUUCAGGAUAUCUUCAGGCUAAAGACAAUCCGAAAAUUGGCUGAACAGGCUGGUGUGGCAGGAAGAGUUGACGAGCCCAUCGCUACGCCUGGCCGUUUUGGACUCCUGCCAACCAAGGGACCACAACAACUUACUCGACUUGUGAAUAGCUGCGCAUCAAUUUUACAUCUCGAUGGAACUGGCGCUAGUAUCGAAGAUAUCUUCCCCUGUUCUCCUAUGCAAGAAGGUAUCUUAAUCAGCCAGGCUAGGUCACCAGAUCGCUAUCAUGUUAGAGCUUUGUUCGAGGUCUUAGUCCAGUCUACGGAAUUAGUCGACGUGGACAGACUUGAACAAGCCUGGAUUAAGGUGGCUCAGCGACACCAGGCAUUGCGCUCCGUAUUCUUAGAGGAAUCUUUUGGUGGAGAGAACAUGCUUCAAGUUGUGUUGGACCGAGUCACCGUCCCAGUAUUGAAGCUGGAAUGCGAAAAACUCGAAGACUUCACCGAAUCCAUCGAGGUGAACCAAUAUGCCAAGGAUGGUCCCCCAUACCGCUUUUCCAUCUGCAAACUGCCAUCUGGGGUGGUCUAUUGCCACUUAGCCAUGACUCAUGCCCUGGAUGAUGGCUCUUCAAUGCGCGCGCUGCUGCGAGAUAUUUGCCUGUCUUAUGACGACCUGCUCCCAUCGGGUGAUCCACCGCUCUACAGCAAUUUUAUUUCAUAUAUUCAGCGGCAGUCUAAAGAUGCUGGCCUCAAGUUUUGGCAAUCGUAUCUUGGUGGGGUUGCAACCUCUCACUUCCCGGCAUUGACGACGCGUGCCUCAGCUGAUCCAACUGAGGAUGGUAUCGUCGAGAGAUGGAUCGAAGGAGACAAGGCAAGCUCUCUCCUUCGGUUAUGCGAAGAGCACGACAUUACGAUUGCAGAUGUAUUCAAGACGGUUUGGGCCAUCGUUUUGCGCUCUUUUGUCGGCGCCGAUUCUGUUUGCUUCGGAUACCUUGCUUCAGGUCGCGAUGCUCCCAUCAAGGACGUUCACAACAUUAUGGGACCUCUCAUCAAUAUGCUGGUAUUCUAUGCCCAUGUUGAUAAAUCCAAGUCCCUCAUUGAACUCUGUAAAGAAGCAAAUGACUCGUAUCUCCAGGCACUACCACAUCAACAAUGCUCGCUCAAAGAGAUUUUACACGCUGUUCGGGGACCUGGACAAUCUGCCGCCCUUUUCAACACAGUUGUGAAUGUGCAGAAGGGAGUAACUGCAUUCUUUGCCGAUGAACAAGACUCAACAGCCCAUCGGACCAUCGAUCUUCGUAGUCGCAUCUUCCAUGACCCUACUGAGUAUGAAUUGAGCAUUGACAUUCAAAAUUUUGAGAGUUCAAUUGCUAUCUUGAUGAACUACUGGACUUCCCUUCUAUCAGAGGAGCAAGCCGAUCGGCUUAUCGAUCUUGUUCUUGACGUUGUUGAAAGUCUUCUAGACAACCCGAUGCAGACUGUCGGACAGCUUGAGCUAUGCACGAGCAAUGAUGCAUCUCUUUUGCAAAGCUGGAACAAUGCUCCACUGGUCGAGGAGGAGCGUUGUCUUCAUGAAGUUAUCGAGGAGCAAGUUGCUUCUAAACCCGAGGCCGUUGCUGUGGUCUCUGACGAAGGCUCUCUUACGUUUCAGGAAUUGGAUAGCAUGGCUAACAAACUUGCGCAUCAUCUCAAACAAUUAGGAGCAGGCCCUGAAACUAUUAUCCCGUGCUGCUUUGAGAAGUCUAUCUGGGCGAUUGUUGCCAUGUUGGGUGUGUUGAAAGCAGGUGCUGCAUGCGCCGCUCUCGAUCCCGCUCAUCCCCUGGAGCGACUGCAAACAAUUUUGAAGGAUACUGAGGCACCAUUUGUGCUCUCCUCUUCACUUCAAACUCCUCUCGUGGCACAGACCGGUCUACAGGCGGUUGUUGUCACAGAGGAGACACUCAACAAGCUCCCUCCUUGUGCCUCUGCUCCCAGCACUGGUGUCAAGCCUGAUAACAAAGCCUUUAUUGUCUACACUUCUGGAAGUACGGGGACUCCAAAGGGUGCUAUACUUGAACAUCGUAACCUAUACGCAUCCUCUAGAGGAUUUGGUACGUUUGGAAUGAACAGCGAAUCCCGAGUCGCCCAUUUCUCCUCCUAUGCUUUCGAUGUUAGCAUCGGAGAGACGAUGCUCGCUCUGACACACGGCGCAUGUGUGUGCAUUAUAUCGGAGGAAGAUCGUCUUGGAGACCUGACGGCAGCAUUAAACAGACUCCAAGCGACAUUUACACAGUUGACCCCAACUGUGGUGCGCACCUUGGAGCCGAGCGAACUGCCGUACAUGAAAACGGUAGUGACAGCUGGUGAGCUUCUGACAGACGACAUUAUUAACAAAUGGACCGACAAAGUUCGACUAUUCAACUCGUAUGGGCCCUGUGAGUGCGCGAUCAACUCGACCGGGAGCGAUUUGCUCAAGGCUGGUGCUCGGGGCGCUGUAAUCGGAAAGCCUCUACAGUCGAGGCUCUGGAUUGUCGAUCCCGAAAACGACCAACUGCUGGUUCCCCCAGGAGCCGUUGGUGAACUGGUAGUCAAUGGACCAAUUGUGGGACGUGGUUAUCUAAACAAUCCCGACAGGACCAAAGCUGCUUUCAUGGAAAUGCCACGAUGGGCUACCGCCUCCUCGAACGCUGGCAGAUUCUAUAAGACGGGAGAUCUGGCUCGUUGGACUUCUGAUGGCAGCAUACACUAUUUGGGACGUAAGGAUGUUCAGGUCAAGAUUCAUGGACAGAGGAUUGAGUUGGGCGAAGUGGAGUAUCGCAUCGCAGAGAAAGCAGGAUCUGCUUUCAAGGCUGUUGUGGCGGCCGUCCCCAAGGAUGGCAGACUGAAGCAGCGACUGGUAGCUCUUAUGUCUCUUGGCGACCAGAAGUUACAUCAAGGAGGUGGAGUUUCUGUUAUUGACGAUGUUGACCUUAAAUCGAGAUCAUUGGCAGAAAUUGCCGAUAUUAUUGAAUCGGUGAAGAAGAGUUUGCCACGGCACAUGGUACCCAGCCUUUGGGUACCAGUCCAUGAUGUGCCCAAACUCCCUUCUGGCAAGACCAAUCGUCGCUUCAUUAACCAAUGGCUGGAUGAAAUUGACGAACAGCUGUACGCAGACCUGACUACGUCUUCCCAGUCGAGAGUUGUUCCGCCAAAGUCCGACAUGGAAGCAAUGCUUCAAAGAAUCUGGGGAGAUAUCCUCCAUCUCGAUGCGACGAGCAUCAGUACAGACCAAAGUUUCUUCUCGCUUGCUGGCGACUCUGUGCUGGCUAUGCAGCUCAUGGCCCGCUGUCGUGCUGAAGGUGUGACAGUGAAAGUGCGGGAUAUCUUCCAGUACACAACAAUUGCAGCCCUGGCACCUCGAUGUACUCGUGAUGUGGGUGGACCAAACUCUAUAUCAGAUGAUUAUAUACCGCAAACAACUCUCAUUGAAGCUGAGCAUGGGGACCUCGACUUUGACGACAUGUCAAACAUCGAAGCCGUCUACCCUUCCUCACCUAUGCAGAGCAGUAUUCUCGCAAUCCAAGAAACCCAAAAGAAUGCAUGGUUUGCAAGCUUCAUAGUAGAGGCCGAACUGCCAUCUCAACACAGAUCGACUCAGAUGGAGGACCUCGCUAUGGGGUGGCAAAUGGUGGUUAAUCGUCACGCCGUACUUCGCACAGCUUUCAGAGCUGGAAAGCAGACCGGUCGGCAAUACCAAAUCGUGCUGAAAGACUUUACAGCUCCUGUUUCCUAUAUCACGGAUGCUUUAUCAACUGAUCCCACGUCUAUUUUCAAUAUUUCGCCUGAUAUUCCGGACUAUGGACUGCCACCACAUCGCAUGGUUCUUGCAGAGACCAUGUCGGAGAAGCGUGUCUUCAUUCAGCUGCAGAUCAGCCACGCCUUGUAUGACGCUGUGGGUAUAUCAGUGCUAUGGCACGAUUUCCAAAUGGCAUACUCAAGUCUUCGAGGAGACGGCGUUGCUUUGGACAGCAUGCCUGUUUCUCCUUAUCGUGCCUUCAUUUCCUACAUUGAAGGUCUGCCCAAGCCAAGCGCUGUCAGCUUCUGGAAGAAUCACUUAGAGGGCACUUCACCCUGCUUUUUCCCAUCCCUGCCCGAUGAACGAUCAAAUAGAGGCAUCAACAUGACAAGCACAACAUCUACGUCGAAUCCUCCUCUUCAUGGAUCAUUUAAUAGCAUCGCUGUCCCGAUUAAUCGGACCAGUAAGAUUCGCGCAUUUUGCAAAGAGUCUGACGAUGUGAAUUUUGGAUUCAUGCUCUCCGGACGCGAUGCUCCCCUGCCCGAAGUCGAUACCAUCCUGGGUCCCCUAAUCAACCUUCUACCUUGCACGGUUAAAGCUAGUGGCCACCGGACACUGCAAUCUAUGUUACGGGCUUUGCAGUCCAACUAUGCUGAAACAUUGAUGAGCCAAAAUUGCUCUCUAGAAGAAAUCCGCGCAGCCGUUGGGAUUGACGGGCCGAUGUAUAACACAUUUCUGAAUAUGCAACGCGUGACCAAACAAUCGCCUUGCUCUCAGAGUAGUGUCCAAUUCAAUGAAGUUGAUGCGUUUAUGACAGACGAGUAUGCUAUCUCCGUUUACGUUUCGGAUGUCGGUGAUGACAUAUUCAUGGAAUUGUCAUAUUGGACAUCGGUUCUCACGGAUGAAGAUGCCCAGAUGAUAGGCCAAGCUAUACUUCGAGCACUAGAUGUCUUGUUCGCUGCUGACUCAACGGAUAGUCCGCUGAGUCUCAAGUUGUGA